GGUGAGGGUCUUCUCUCUCUCUGCGACUAGAUUCUUGUGGUGCCCUGGCGUUUUCGGAGUCUCAAAAAUUUCGAAAAAUUUUCUCUACAAAUUUUUUUCUAAAAAAUAAGAAGUUUCCAAUUCCACCCACAUUAUCUCAAAUAAACCAUUGUUUAAAUCGAAUCGAAUUAUUUCUCCAAAGUGAAAGCAAUCGAGUGACAUUAAGUGUGUAGCCCAAAACAUUUCCGACCCAGUCCAGUCACCCCUCUGCCAAAUAGCUGUCGUCCCACAAAGAGGAGGCAAACUCUGUGUGGCCGAAAUGUAAACAGUUUUCAGAGCAAUUUGGCAAUUUGCGAAUUUCUUGGCUUUUGGCUUCUUGUGACCUAAAAAGCUCAAUUUCACCCACCUAUUGUCAUCAUCAUCAUCAUCAACGGCUCGACCAGGAGCUCUGGUUUUUGGCAGAAGGUGGAGGAAGAGGAUACAGACAUACAUAUUCCAACUACAAGUAACCUCUGCACAUACAUAUUUGACCCAACAGAAGCGCGGAGAAAGUAUCGAUUACUGAUUUCUGCUAAUGUCGCAAAACUGAAGGCGAGGAAAAACACGGAGCCAGCCAGCCAGCUUUCCAACCUGACGUGGAACAGGUAAAACUACUCUAAUUCUUCAACCAACCAGCGGGGCAAGUUGUGCUUUGUGUUUCUUCACCGUUUAUAUAUUUCUCCCUGCUUGACUUAACCUGCUGAAAGUGAAAGCAGAAACUUGUGUCUUGUCAUGUCAUUUGGCAACACGACUUGUCGUCCUCCUUUCAAAAUGUGACAUAUAAUUUAAAACAAAACCACAGAACGAAACCAGUAUAAACUUUGAACUCGAGGUUGUCAUCAUCCCGAUUGCAAAGUAGCGAAUUCUACAAAACCGCAAACAUUACAGUUCAGUUCGCUUAUCUUGAAACUCCACUCGCAAGAAGAACUUGGAGCUUGUCGUGUCUGGUUUGAGUUGGAUGUGAAAUUUGCUGGAUAAUUGUAAUUGCUGCGUUAAAUAGACUUGAAUUUUCCUUCUAGUUAUGUAAAUUUAUUUAAUCUGCUGGUUCAUCUCGAAGUAAAAUUGCAUACGUAAGCUGUAAAAUUGACAAUAAAAUCGAUUUUCGCGAUCAUCGCGGUGAUCAAAAAGGACAACAACAACUUUAAAUAAUUGUGGGUAUAGCAGAACUGAACUUAAGUAUCCUGCCCGAAUUUCAUGCUGCUACCCGCCUACUCGUACAUCUAGCCAUACACCUCGCAAUUAGAGAAAGAUUUCUCUGAUGAUCCACCCAUAAUUGAGAACCUGUUGAAGUAAACAAUUUUUUUCAAAAUGAGGGACAUGUAUCACUGCCAAUUUCGCGUCGCGAUUCUUUGCGCGCUCUCAAUCAGUGGAGUGGUCAUGGUGUCCGCCAUGUAUUCGGAAGAUGACACAAUGGCCACCUCAACUUUGGACGAGGAUUUUACUUUCACUCCGCCAAAAAGUCAUCAUCACCACCACCAGCACCAUCGCACCCAUAAUAUUCAUCACAACCACCACAACACCCCUCGUCAGCACUACCACUCCCAUCAUCACCGACCAUCCGCCGCCACCACCAACAACAACGUGAACAAUGGGAACGACAACGACGGUGGAGUAGUUGAUGGGAGAAGGCGUGAUUCCCAGAAUGAUGACGAGACUUCUUCUCACUUCCAUUACCAUCAGCAGCAGCAGCAGCAGAAACAUCAUCAUCACCCAGAAGCAAAUGGCAAAGAAGUGCAGGAGGACGAAAUAAUGGAAAUGCCACAUCAAAAUUCGGAUUCUGACGAGAAGGAACAACUCCAUCAAGAAGAUAGUCCACAUUACGGGCGAUACAGCAACACAAAUAAAUACAAUCAUGAUCAUGUGAACUGCCGUCUCCCCGAUGCAUGGAGUGGAAAAUGGUUCCAAUCCGGGAUCCCAAAUCCUGUCCUGAUUGACAGCAAAUCCAUCGAAGGGAAAGGAACGUGCUAUGAAAUGAUGGGAGAUAAAUUCCUCUUCGUUGAAAAAGCGACCAACUGCCACCGAUGUCUGGUCAUAAACUCUCGGCACAACAAUGUCGUCGAAUACAAAGAAAGUCCCUAUUGUCCCGAGAAGGACUCCUUGGACAAUUUGUGCAGCCAAAUACCCGGGGAUGCGACGCUCUACUCGCUAUUUCGGAUAGACGCUCAACCAGUGUCGUGUCCUUUUAAGGGGCCGUACACCUUCACCUACAACAAAGGGACGGGCCUCUGCAAAAGCCCGGUCAGUCAUGUCGAAACGUGCACCGAGCCAUCCAGACUUCUCCUGAGAUAUGAAGCAUGUCCCGAUCCAGAAACGGAAAGCAAAGUGGAGGAGUUGCAGUGUCUUGGUGUCUGGCGGGACAGCACUUACCAUUAUUUGGUCGGCAAAUUAAAUUAUCAGCUCGCCGCGAGUAACGAGGAUCGGUACCGAUGCUUCAUUUACGAGAUUGUGAAAGGUCACACCAUCGUCAAAUUGGCUCAGUCGGGAGAUGCAACUUGCAACGGGCUCUCGUCUCCGGUGGAGGGGGCGAAAACAAUGACCUUCACUAAAGUGAAUGAGAGUGGCGGAGUGAAAUGCAAAUUCCCGGCCUGGGUGUCAUCGCAUCAUUGGCACUCGUUGGAUGGGAAAGUCUCAGCGAAGACGAAUCCGAAAAAUUCCACCAUGCAGAUUGCCGACACAACGGUGCAAGACGGCGGAUCCUCGUCAUCAUCGACAUCCGGAGGUUAUCUGCACCAAAGGAGUGGUGGUGGCGUGGGUGGGGUGUAUUACAAUACCGGAAAUUUUGGAAAUUCUGUCCUCUCCUCUCCCGGGAGUGGGAACCCGUACGUUCUGCUCUCUGGGGGGACACGGAUCACAUGCCAAAAUAUCAAAGAACUCGGCGAGGAUCAUGUUGCAGUUGUGGCGCAACAUACGGAAGGAUGCGCGAGUACAACCGUGUGCAUCCACUUUUUUCGGAGGCAUUCCCACGUGAUCGAACUGCAAAUAGGGAAGAAAGGCUAUGAUGACUAUGACUGUGGGAAAGUGGACGCUUUAGGACCAAAUCUGCCUUAUGUGACCCUCAUUAGAGCAGAAGCGAAUUCCCACAGUCACAGAUGCCCGUAUUUAGGGAAAUACAUGGCCAGCGGACUCGUCGCUGGGGGUGACCUGUGUCUCACGGGGGGCGUUCAAAAUAUACAGCAAGCUCAACACGGAGCUUUCCACAGUGUCGUGGUCGGUUGUGGCCAACGAGCCACGAUGGACUUUCACAGCAAAUGCAUAACCCAAGAGCCAAUCACAUCCUACGUGUGCCACGGAACUUGGGAGGAGAAUGGGACGGGGUACUUGAUUGCAUCGCCAUUAAGUCGCUCAUCGACGUCGGCUCGUCGUUUUUGUUUCACAUACCUCGAGACGGACGAGGGUCUCUCGUUUUUUAGCAGUAGUGAGACCUGUCGCAGAGACGUGAGACCUAAUGCGGAAGGCAUUUGGGCUUUCAAUCUCACAAUAGACGGACAAUGUGCCGAACCGAUGACGACGGGUGGUGCUGGAUCCCGUUCUUCAACCCAUUGUGAUCCCUGCUUUUUGGCCAUGGUGUUAUUGGCCCUCCUUCUGGUCGGGUGUCCGGGAGGGAUAGCAGAUAAUACUAAUAAUAUUACCCUUUUUGUGACCACUACGACGCCGAGUGUAGUCAGCUAUUUGUUUUAUUCUCUGUUUGCCAAAACCUUCUUGGGAAGAAUCUCAUCUCCUUUAUUGACAUCUUCGCCCCAGUCUCAACCGCAAGAGGAGGACGAGGCCAGCAGCAGAAGAAUGGUGGUGGGGUUAGCUUAGAGAGAAAUCCAAUAUUAUGUAAUGUCCAGUCCAGUCUCAAAAUGUACGUCCAGUCCUCUUCCCAAUAUAAGAAAUAAGUAGCUGUUUUGUGCGAGAGAGAAAUCACGGAUCACUUGGAUUCUGUGAGACAGGGGAAAAAGCAAUGAAAGGAAUUUCGUUGCCAUUGUCCUGUCCAACUGUUCGUUCGUCUCGUCAGUGGUGAUGGUGACAUGACGCAACAAUGGAUGAGAUGAGGAUGACUCUUGUGUGAAGCGAUGUGUGGAGAGCUUGACUCUCAUCAAAUGUUACCCAAUCUGAGAAAAGGUUCAGGUCAGGAGCAGAUGAUGCCGAAAGAAGAACACGGUCAAAAAAGGAGAAAGUGGAGGAAUGAAAAAGAGUGCAGAUUUUUAUACUAAGCUAUUGAUUGACAAUUCAAGAAUUGUGAUGUGUUUGACCAAAUGAACUGAUUGUGAAAAUUCUAUACUCUUCUCGUGUAUCGCUUUUUUAUUGUUAUUCAUACACUGUAUUAGGGAUGAGGAGGGGUCAGUGGGUAGCAGGAUAUUUGGAGGGGACCAAUUUUAAUUUGUGCAAUGGCAAAAAUAAGAAGACAGCGAAUUCGAAAAUAGUUUCUUAAAAUUUUUUCGAUUUUAUACAUUUUUUACCUGUUUCUAAAUUUUGAAAAACCCCAAGAUUCAACAAGAUUUUUAAUUUUCAAAAUUUGAACACAAUUUUGGGCAUAUGUGCAUGUUCUCAAUUGUUUUAAUAGCUCCAAAAUCAAGAAAGUUACAGCGUUCUGACAACUCCAAGUUUUGGCUGAAUCUACUUUUGAAAAUUCCACCAAGCGGUCAAAUUGACACAUUAAGAAAAAUGCAAAAAUUCUUAUUUUUGCCACUGAGCAAAUUAAAAUUGACCCGGUCGAUAUCUGAGGUUAUCCGCUGACACCUUCGCAUUAUUAGUAGUGCUUCAUCAUGUAGUUACUCUAUCGCUUUUGGUAAAUCUAUACCUUCACUAAAAAAAACCGCAUCCAAACACCAACUAUCUAUUUAUUUAGCCUGAAGUUGUCAGUCACCUAAUUCUGUAAGAGAUAUGAAACGAAAUUAAAUGAAUAGAAAUCGCUGUAUUAAACCGAUAGCACAAAAAGAAAAUUCUGCACGCAUGAAAAUAUGGAAAGUACUUAUUAUUACAUACGAUUAUUAAAAAAUAGUACUAUAAAUAUGUAUAUCCAAAAAUAACCUUUUGUAAAAAAUUUCAUGAUAAAACUAAUUAAUCAAUUAAUGUUUAACCAUAAUGAUAGCUUAAUUCUGUAUUUAAAUUAAGUAUUUUUAUGAAAUACGUAGUUUCCCAUAAUUGAGUAAAAAAAGUAGGACUUUAGAAAAAAUCCGUGUAAAUUUCUCCCCAUAUACGACUCGACUUAUUACAUGCUACUAAAUAUUUACCAGUUGGGCUAAAAAACAUGAAACCAACAUAAUUUAAACAAUGCUUAUUAUUGAUGUUUGUACUACGGGCCAAUGUGUUAAAACAUUAAAAAAUAUUUAUAUAAAAAAUGACUCUUUGAAUAUUA